UGGCAAGGUGUGGAUUGUAAGGAAGAUAUCAAUGAAUGUGAUCAGGGAGUAUGUCAAAAUGAAGCCGGUUGUAAGAAUCUUCCUGGUGAAUACGAGUGUAUCUGCCAACCCGGCUUCACAGGCAAUUACCACAGUUUAUUUUGUCAGUAUCGAGUACCAGGCUGCCCGAGUAAUCCCUGCCAGAACGGUGGAUCAUGUGUUGAUACAGACUCUGGUUACGUUUGCUUCUGCGACGAUCCGUAUGUGGGUUGGACUGGGGAGAAUUGUGAUAUGGAUAUUGAUGAAUGUUCAACCAGCCCCUGUCAGAAUAACGGUACCUGUAUCAACAACCCCGGAUCUUAUAGGUGUAACUGUCUAGAUGACUAUCACGGGUUUCACUGUGAAAUCAGUCCAAUCUGUUCGAGUCAACCGUGUAAAAAUGAUGGAGCUUGUACUGAAGGCUUUAUGCUCACAUACAAUUGUACGUGUGCCUUUGGGUUCAGUGGAGACACGUGCGAAACACGCGAUGACCCGUGUACGUGGACGCCAUGUGAAAAUAAUGGAGUGUGCGCUAGUGACCCAGUGACCUUCGACUAUAACUGUACUUGUGAUGAAACAUGGAUAGGGGAGAAAUGUGAAAUU